UUCAACUGAGUCAGGCUUCCUCCCGCAGGUUGUCACUCAGGCACGAGGGGGCGGGGUAUUGGAAAUCUGUCCAACCGGGAGGCUGCUGAGGCAGGUGGGUGGGGCGAUGCUCUGCACUGGCGUGGACGUCAUUUCUUUCUCCAAUUGCGCCUAGAGCCGCUGGCUGUGUGCGGUUCACUACCCCUGGAGAGCCCUCCAUGUCACGUAUCUGCACGGGUCUUUGGAGUCGUUAGGAAGGACUCAGACUCAGGAAAGCUCGAAAUGGACUCAGUGACCAUAGAGGAUGUGGCUGUGGACUUCACACUGGAGGAGUGGGCUUUAUUGGGUCCUUCACAGAGGAAACUCUACAGAGAUGUGAUGCAGGAAACCUUAAGGAAUCUGGCUGCAGUCGGAGCAAAACGGGAAUAUCAUGACAUUGAAGAUCAAUACAAAAACCAGGGGAGAAAAUUAAGAACUUUUAUGGUAGAGAGAUUCUGUAAAAGUAAAGACAUUAGUUUAUGUGGAGAAAAUUUCAACCUUAUUCCAAAUAUCAAUCUGAACAAGAAAACUCCUGGAUUACAACCAUGUGAAUGCAGUGCAUGUGGAACAGUCUUCAUGGAUCAUUCAUCCCUUAAUAGACACAUGAGAUGUCACAUUGAACACAAAACACGAGAGUAUCAAAAAUAUGGUGUAAAGCCAUAUAAAUGUAAAGAAUGUCGGAAAGCAUUCAUUUAUCCUGGUUCUCUUCGAAUGCAUGAAAGGAGUCACACUGGAGAGAAACCCUAUGAAUGUAAGCAAUGUGGAAAAGCAUUUCCAUAUCAGAAAUCCUUCCGAACACAUAAAAGAAUUCACAGUGGAGAGAAACCCUAUGAAUGCAAGCAAUGUGGUAAAAGAUUCAGUGCUCAAAAACGUUUCCAAAUACAUGAAAGUAAUCACACUGGGAAAAAACCAUAUGAAUGUAAGGAAUGUGGGAAGGCCUUCACGUGGGAAACAAGCUUUCGACAACACAUGGUAACACACACUGGAGAUGGAUUUUAUAAAUGUAAGAAAUGUGAGAAGGCAUUCAUUUAUCCCAGUUGUCUUCGAAUGCAUGAAAGGAGUCACAACGGAGAGAAACCCUAUCAAUGUAAACAAUGUGGAAAAGCCUUUAAAAGUCCUGAAACUAUUCAAAUACAUGAAAGAAUUCACAGAGGAGAGAAACCCUAUGAAUGUAAGCAGUGUGGCAAAGCCUUUAAUUAUUUCAGUUCCUUCCAAAUACACAAAAGAAAUCACACAGGAGAGACACUGUAUGUAUGUAAAACAUGUUCUAAAGUACUGAGUACUGCCAGUUCUCUUCGAAAUCAUGAAAGAAUCCACACUGGAGAAAAGCCCUAUAAGUGUAAAGAAUGUGGGAAAGCCUUCACAUGGCAAAAAACCUUUCGAAAACAUAUGAUAACACACACUAGAGAUGGACCUUAUAAAUGUAAAAAAUGUGAGAGAGUAUUCAUUAAUCCCAGUUCUCUUAAAAUACAUGAAAGGAUUCACAGUGGAGAGAAACCAUAUCAAUGUAAACAAUGUGGCAAAGCCUUUAGUUACUACUGUUCCUUACGAGUACACAGAAGAACUCACACUGGAGAGAAACCCUAUGUAUGUAAACAAUGUGGAAAAGCCUUUAGUUGUAAUGAAAGCCUUCAAACACAUGAAAGAAUUCACACAGGAGAGAAACCGUAUCAAUGUAAACACUGUGAGAAAGCCUACAGAUACCACAGUUCUCUUCGAACCCAUGAAAGGAGUCACACUGGAGAGAAACCUUAUCAAUGUAAACAAUGUGGUAAAUGUUUUAGUUCAAAAAAAGGUUUCAAAGUUCAUGAAAGAACCCAUACUGGAGAAAAACCCUAUGAAUGUAAAAUAUGUGGGAAAACCUUCCGUUCCACUUAUGUUCAACUGCAUGAAAGAAUUCACACUGGAUAAAAAACCUAUCAAUGUCAGGAAUGUGGGAAGGCCUUCAUUUAUCUCUCAAUCAUUUGAAGACACAUGAGACUGCACACUGCAUAGAAAACAUAUAAAGUGUGGAGAAUGGGAAAGGCUUCUCUGAUCUCAGUAGUUUAAAAGGAUGAAAGGAUUCCCUAGAUAAAACUGCAUUUGUAAACAGCCUGGGUAACAACUUCAGUUGGCCAACAUCAUGUAUGAGAAUUUCCAUGAAGAAGAAGUAUAAAUGUAAAUAACAUGAGAUAACUUAAUGGAAAGUACUCCAUGCCUAAUGUUCCAGAAAACCUUCAAUAUGAAAGAGUUUUUUUUUAAGUUUUAUAAAUAUGUUGUUUAGUAAGGAUCUUUCUUCAAGUGUAUCCUUGAACAGUGGAUUUCUCCUAAUUUUAGAAAUGAAUAUUAAUGUGAGGUAAUUGUGUACAUCGUCUUUCAACAAUAGUACAUAAGAUUUAAAGGUAGUGAUUUUUCCUUUAAUCAGAUAAUGAUUAUUUUUCUUUCCAUUUUAACCCUGUUGGAUCCAUGGGUGAACUUAAGUGUAUUUCUUUUUUUUCCUUUUUUUGGCUGUGCCAUGCGUCAUGUGGGAUCUUAGUCCCUUUGCCAGUGAUCAAACCUGCACCCCCUGCAGUGGGAGCACAGAGUCUUAACCACUGGAUUGCCAGGGAAGUCCACAAGUGCAUUUCUAAUAUGCAGUUAGUCUUAAAUUUUUAUAAUGUUCUAUUCAUUCUCAGUUAAUGAGCCAUUGCAAAAUGGCAGUUUGGUAUUUGUUGGGUUAUGCCUAGUAGCUUUGUGUGGCAGUUCCUGGAUAUUCAUAAUCUAUUAUAUAUAGUACCCUUUUCACUGAGAAAGAUACUUUUUGGUGGUGGUGAGUAUAGGAACCUUUUUUCAUUUUCCAUUAUACUAAACACUUGGAAUAAAUUUUAUGUAUGGGAAAGAUGUCAAAAAAUAUAGUUUCAUGUAAGUUAUGCUUUGUAUUUCCUUCUGACUGGUAUUUGGUGAAUAAACUAUGAGACUUGUGAUAAUACAAAAAAAUCUAUGGAGUUGGAGAUAUCUUGCCUGUGAGUAAUAUUAAGAUCUAGACUUUCCAUAAUCCAUCCCCUUUUUCGUUCCAUAUCAGCAUUCACCAAUAGCUCACCUGUGUGUGAUUUAAAAGCAGGUACAAAGAAGAUACUCUUCAGAUACUGGAAUCCCCACACUGGUAGAGAGGCAGAUUCAUAGGAGCUUCAAUGACACCAUCUUCCACCUUAUUUUCCAGACUCUGUCCUUAUAGUCAAGAGUGUCGUUAACACCACCAACAAAUGUUUGAUUUCCAUUUUUAUGGAUAUAUAGUUUCCCCUGCUGUCUUCAUACCUUCUACAUCAGAGAUGCAUCAGAGUUUGAAUUUUUUCUGUAAGGGCUCUUGUGUCCACUGUCUAAGUAUUCCAGUGUUUUAUGGUUGGGAAUAUUCUCUGAUUCCACUCUUCUCUGGAUUAUAUCUUCAUAAUGUCUAAUUUGUGUAGGAAACACUUUGUGCUGUUAAUAGUGCUAGUGAGUAUGUGUUCCUGACUCACCAUAGCAUUUACAAUGGUGCCACCAAAAAGAAUGACAUGGGAGUUUGUUUCUCUGCUGCGUUGUACAGUGGCUUCCUUGACCCAUUGUUUACAUGUGAGAAUAAGCACCUUCCGUCAGGAAGAUGGUGGGUUUUUCCUGUUAAUUGUAGCUGAAUAUAACCCCUCAAUGUGUUUUUUAUUUUAUUUUAUAUAAUUAAAACUGAAUUUUUUUGUAAAACA